AAAAAUAAUUCUAAUUUCAGAUACGACCAAGACCACCGUGGACCUUUUAAUUCGUAUGUGGAUAGAUCGAGUUAGAAUGUAAUGUCUCAAUCAAAUCUAUUGUUUUGUCAAGGACCAUUAAAUGAGUAGUAUAACAGGAAAAAUGGAUGUCAUCAAGGUUUGGAAGACUAAGAUUACCUGUAACAGCAGUACAUCAAAGAAAAAAAACAAUUUUAUGGAUAAUAAGGCAAUACUCAAAGAAGGUUAUAUAGCCAAAUUGUUUGCAUAUUUGGUAUCCAAAGUGGAAUUAUUUUCUUGUACCUACGAAUAUACCUAACGAUGAGUUGGAGCGUGCCAUUAAGUUAAUAACGUGCCAUUAAUAACGAAAUGACCCAAAACCGAAAGUUAAAAUACCCUUUUAAGGGCACCGAAAUCCCUGAGACCAUUAAAUUAUUUGAAUAUACCCGACGUGAUGUAAAACGUUUUAUUUCUUACGGCAUUUGAUGUAAAUAUAAUGGACUGCAUCAUUCCAUUGCAAACACAGCAUUGAUGCAUGCAAAACCUGCUAUGAGAUAGACAAGAGAUAUGCUGGCAAUAUUGUUUGUCCAAGGAGAGGAGAGGCCAUAUAUUUUAUAAAAUGUUCUGCCAGGGAAAGAUCUUAUAAAUUUUAAGCCAUAAUGACCAUCAACAAAAUUCCGCAACAUGAAGCAUGAAUCAGGUAUAAGCAAUUAUAUGGUGGUGUAGAUAAUAAUGGAAAUAAUGAGAAUAUCGUAAAUAGCACUCUUGGAUAGUAGCAAAAACUUGAACAAGAAGGUAAGCGGCACCCAAAAUAAUACUGCAGUGACAUAAAAAUGAUGCACGAAGGAAAUUCGUUCGCCAACGGAGCUAAAGUUAAUACGAACAAACAAACAGAGCAGGAAAAUGCAACUAGAAGUAUGAAUGAAUAUCGAAAUGCAUUAACAGAGGAUGAAGUUUUUAAUUCUGCUAAUGGUGCCGCGAUAAAUACAUAAAUUAUUUGAGAUUGAGAAAUUUAUGAUUGGCAUCGCGAAAGAAAUUAACGACAGUGAAAAGUAGCCUGAAAUUCCUAAGGCGAAAUAAAGACACAUGUAUGCCAGAAACCAUCCCUUUAGGGUAAGGGUCGUGAAGAGCUUUACCUAAAAAAAUUUUUUUUUUUGAGGUCAACCAAUAUUUGCUGACAAUGCUUAAUUAACACAUACAUAUCUUCAAAAAGUAUUCAUGUAACAUGAAACAUAAACACAAAACUAUAUGGAAUCACAAUUUAACGAAUGGGUACCAAAUUCAGCUUAGAAGCAAGCAUGCCAAAUUUGGUGACAAUCGGUUCACGUAUAUCAAUUCCUCCUAUAUAUGUGCUUCAUCCGAUCAAGAUUUUAUAUUGGCUCUACAAUCCGUCCAAUUCAACAAAUGUUAAAAAUUUGUCAGCUAGUUAUAGUCUUGAUUGUAGCCCUCAAAUGGCGCGGCAGCUUCUGAUAAACACCAAUGGAAAAAAAGAUCAAACCAAACCGCCCUUUAAUUGCAACUACAUUAAAUACACUAUUGGUGAUUUGAAUAUGGGAAAGUAUUCUCUAUCAGUUCACAGAAAGAAACCGUUGCCUAAACUUCGACGAAUAUUUAACUCCCCCUCUGUUGUAAAAUGUUUUGCACGUUCGUAUUACCUAAAUACGGCAGGCCCAUAUUUUUAAAUGUACCAAUUAAAACGUUGUAAUAAUUGAUCAAUCUUCAAACUUCUCUCAAUUGCUAUAUUUUUUGUAUU